GAGAGAGCUUGAUGCCAGGUGCUUGAAACUCAAAAAAAUUGAAAUUGUGAGCUCGGGAGUUUACAGGAUCUCAAAGAAGAGGGACGCACAAUGGCUCAAUACCACAGCUUCUGAAACCGUAACCCUCAUCUUCCUUCAUCUUCUUCUUCCACAAACACCAAACAACCUCUUUGAUCUCCAUGAAACAAUAGCAGUGGUCCUCUACGAUGGGUUUCUCUUUGUGGCAUUUGUUCAAGGCAGGACUGUUGAUGUGCAAUGCGUUUUUGAUCUUGAAUCGACGACGAUUUUUGGCCAAGUAUGGUCUGGACGACAUGAACAGCCAACACGCCAAUGCGUCGAACAAUCCAUUGAUACAGCAAGCUGCGGGGUUGCUCCAUGCCGUGCAAUACCUCAGGGUCCCCGUCAUUGCCGCGAAUAUUUUGACCAUUGUAUUUGAAGUCUUGAUUGGAGGUUGAUUGAUACAGGACCAUGCGUACCACGCAAAAGUGGAAGGUAUACGAAGAAAAAGUGGGCGUUGCAGGUUGUUACCAACACAAUUAGUUUUCCAUGGGAGCAUUCCACAAUUUGCAUGGUAUCCCUGGAUAGCUAGCUAGCUAGAGUGCCAACACUGUAAGAGUCACGAUACAUGGGCAACAAUUACUCUCGGUGGUAGCCUUUCUGUGACGCCUAACACUCAAAUAAUUCACUAUAAAUUACAAGAAGAAUCGAAUC